CUAAACCAUCACAAGCAGGCAGUGUUUACAAGACAGCCGUCAUCCCUCGUAUAAACAAGGGGCUUCUCCGGGGGCAGUAAAAGUGCAUUCCAGAGAGGCAAAGCCUAGCUAAUAGAGCGUCUGCCUUAGAGCUGAAGGAGGAGCAGCCCGGGGACCUGGUCUUCAGAAGUCGAGCGGCUCUGCUUAGGGGCAGGGCAGAAACUGGUGUGGCUGUUGCUGUUUGACUUGGGUACCUCCAGAGAAAGAGGUAGACCCUUUCUGAGAGCAUUCCUCUUUGCUCAAGCUUACACUUUUGGCUCUCUGCUUGACGACACUCAAAAUCCUGUUUAGGCCAAGAAAUGCAGAUACAGCAUCUGAGAAGUCUGGACAGACUUGUGCUAUCUUUGGAUGCAGAAACAAUGGCCACUUCAGAAGGAGAAUCAGAAAGAAUGGUUAAUGACAGAAGCCAAAGCGUUGAUAGCAAAACCAAGCCUUCUGUGGUGAGAUCCCAAGAGCCAGCAAAGAGGAAUAGCUCAGGGAGCAGAGUCCAAGCAGUGCACUUCAAAGACAGUGGUGACAGCGAUGAAGAAUCAGAUUCCUCUGAGGAUGCACUGAAUACCUCACUGGUGGAGCUUUCUGUGCUUCAGAGGCUGGGCUUGCACAGGGUGGCUUUGACGGAGCAAGACGUGGAGGCAGCUUUUGCACACUUAGCCCUGGCUUUCCGUUGCGAUAUGUUUACCUUGAGGCAGCGAGUGCAGAUAGAAGAACGAGCACGGAACACAGCAGAAGAGAAUAUCCAGCAGGAGUUGGCAGAAUGUCGGGCAGUGUUGCAGGCAAGUGAAGUUGUUUUGACUAUUUCUUUUGCAUUCCUAAGGAUGGUAGUCUAG